AUGAGUAAUGGUGAUAGUGGCAAAGUUUGCAAUCACCUCAUUCACGCUCAUUUUCUAUCUUUCACUUUCACAUAUUGCUUUGUUCUUGUACCGAAAGAUCUACUUCAUAUUCACCGAUCUUCUACAUUCCUUCAGCUUCUCUCCCUUGCAAGACAGGAGGCCACGCCACCACUGCCAGCAGGCCGAUCGUCGUCACCGCCUCAUCACUGGCUGUCCAAGCCACUUUCAGGUUGGAGGAAAUUACUAAUAACUGCUACCAGCAAUUGGAAGAUGAGAAGAAAAGACAGACAGCUGCGGUGCAAACACUGACCAUAUCAGAAAAUAGCAACGCCGAGUUGAAGAAAAAGCUGGUCGAGAAGCAGCAUGCUCACCGUAGGCUUAUUGAGGUUUACAUCUUUACUAGGUGAUCACAAACCCUGUGAUCCGUGAAUGGGAAUUAAGGGUUUACUCCCUUCAAAUGCUCAAGUUCGUGUUGAACUAGCAUUUUAAUAGUACAAGGGUGUAUUAAUUUCUAUUGAACCUGUUUAAUGUUUCAAUAGAUGUCAUAGGGUAUUAAUUUCCACUAAGUU